AUGCCUGUGUACACGUGCCUCGGCCCCCGCCUCUCUCGUGUUAAGCCAUGUUGCCACACAGCGGCGCAGCAUGGAUGGAGGAAGCCGCCCCGGUCCCGUCCGCAUUAGUAGUCGAUAUAGUAUUUCAAGUCAGAACCUGCUGUAUGGACCACAAUGACGACUGGAGUCCUGUUUCAAAAUAAAAACAAACGUAGCAUGCUCGCUGUAUUCUCCACCUCUUUCACCAAACCGGGAUCUCCACGAGCUGUUUUCUCUCUCGGCCAAUCACAGGCGGCAGAGGUGCAGCGUAAACCCCGCCCACUGUUCUGUGCGUGUACUUGGGAGCUGGAACAUUUUGUUUACUACAGCUGGACAGCCUGUGGCACCUCACUAGCUCUCUCAUUCUUAACAGUAAAAAGCUCAAAGCUGUUGACAAUCUGGCGUUUAAGCUCUCCGGGAAACAACCAGGUAGACGCCACGACGUCAAACUUUAUUAGUUUCGAGGUAAAGUAAUGAAAGAUAAACACGUCCUCCCUUCAUGCUUACUUUCAACAAAAAAGAAGUUAUGGAUAUUUGCGACGGGAAGAAGAGGAGAAAGGUAAGCGGCGCUGUGCAGGGCUGCAGGCGGAGCGUGGCCGCCCUGAACAUGAAGCGGGAUGUAACGAUAGGCAAAAUCCUCCGCUCCCGCACGGUGGAGGACAACAAUCAUACGGAACCCAUGGAGGAGGACGAGGACGACGACUGCUUCUCCAUUAGCUUCUUCCGGAAUGAACCAGUGGAGCCCGCCGUGGUGGUCUCUCCACGGUACAGCCUGCUUCGAGAGGUCGGCCGGGGAAGCUACGGGGUUGUCUAUGAGGCUAUAGCCCGAAAAACAGGGGCCAGAGUGGCGGUAAAGAGGCUCCAAUGCGACGCUCCGGAAAACGUGGAGCUGGCUCUGGCCGAGUUCUGGGCCCUGACGAGCCUGGAGAACCGACACCAGAAUGUGGUCCAGCUGGAGGAGUGUGUCCUGCAGAGGAACGGCCUGGCCCAGAAGAUGAGCCAUGGAAACAAGAGGUCCAAACAGUACCUGCGCCUGGUGGAGACCUCACUUAAAGGGGAGCGCAUCCUGAGUUACCCAGAGGAGCCGUGCUACCUCUGGUUCGUCAUGGAGUUUUGUGAAGGUGGGGACCUUAACCAGUACAUCUUAUCCCGAAGGCCUGACCCCCAGACCAACAGGAGCUUUAUGCGGCAGUUGACAAGUGCUAUUGCUUUCCUACACAAGAAUAACAUUGUCCAUCGUGAUCUGAAGCCAGACAACAUUCUCAUCUCGCAGAAAUCUGGUUCACCCGUUGUCAAAGUGGCUGACUUUGGCCUCAGUAAAGUUUGUGCUGGCCUAAACUCCAAGAACAGUGAAGACCUCUCUGCAACAGGAGCAGGUGGGAGAGGCAGCAACCAGAACAACAUUGUCAAUAUAAACAAGUUCUGGUUGUCAUCAGCAUGUGGCUCAGAUUUCUACAUGGCCCCUGAGGUGUGGGAAGGCCACUACACAGCUAAGGCUGAUAUCUUUGCCCUGGGCAUCAUUAUCUGGGCAAUGAUUGAGAGGAUCACUUUCAUUGAUGCAGAGUCCAAGCGUGAACUGCUGGGCACCUAUAUUCGACAGGGCACGGAGAUUGUACCUGUUGGGGAGGCUCUGUUGGAGAAUCCAAAGAUGGUUCUCCACAUCCCUCAGAGGGCCAGGAGCUCCAUGUCUGAGGGUGUGAAGAAACUCCUCCAGGACAUGCUUGCAGUCAACCCUCAGGACCGGCCAGACGCCUUCCAGCUGGAGGUGCGGAUGGACCAAGUCACGUGUGCUGCGUGACAUUUUACCAAAACCUCUCCUUUUUUUUUAACGUAACCAGUCAAAGAAGGGACCCUUUCCCUCUAUCCCAGCUUUGUUUACUACAUGGACGUGGAGUCUGGAAAAAGGGACUCUGACAAACUGAACUGUGAAGAAUCCACUAACAUAUUUUGAGCGGGAAGAAAUGGACUGGCUGAUGAUUCCAAAACUCUGGGACAGGAAUAUUAUAUGCAAAUCAGACCACAGUGCAUUUCCAGCACCAUCCAGUUACAAUCACUGUCACCAGGGAGAUCUGACUGGAUGUGACGACCAGGUUUAUGACAUUUGUUGUUUUAUAUUUGUUGAUUUUUGCUCCCCAACAGCCCCAGUGUAGGCCUCCUGUUCCUUAACAUUUGUGGAUCUGUGGCACAACUUACAAUACUGACUCUACCAGUGUUCUAAGGUCCAACACAUGGGGCGUGGACUACUCAUCAUUUUACUGAUGAUAGUAUCUGAAUAACAAUGAACCACACACGACACCAUCAGCUUCUCUUUCCCACACUACCCCAGACAACCUUGUGCCUUUAAGAUGAUUCACAGAAGUGCGAUUGGAUCUUUCAAUAAAAUGAUUGUGUGGGUUACAGUGAAAGCUCAUGCGUCAAGACAGAAACUUCAUGAGGUUGAAACCACCUUUUCUUCUCAUGCAGGUUUCUGUCUGUCUGCACACAUGCACGGUUGACCAAUGGAAUCUUUUCCUUUUAAUGAUGUCACACUUCUUAGACCAUAUCCCAGGCUGCUAUAAUGUCAAGUGAGAAUGUGAUCCUGUGGUGGCCCUCCUCUUUCCAGAAACUCUAGUGCAAUCACGAUGCUAGAGCUGAAAUAUACAAAACUUUAAUUAAGAUGUAGAUAGUUAUCAAAGUUUUUGUUUCAGUGUCAUGAGCGUGCCCAUGUAAAGUAGGUUUACAAGGAACAUGCUCUGAAGGCAGAGGCAGAACAAAUGUGAAUAUUACAGGUUUUUCACUUGUUUUGAAGGUUUACUGUAGAAUUCACAGAAGUAGCUGGACUGCAUCAACACAUCAAUACUGCGUUUGUAAUGGAACAAUGUCCAGCGGGGCAUUUUUAUGGACAUUAGUUACUGUUUAAUCCAGAUAGCAUCUAUCAUCACUGCAGUUUAGUAUUAACAUAUUUGCUAAACAAACUUAUAAUCAAAGAACAAGUGUAACCAUUAGUUGAGUUUUGGUUACUUUUUACUGAGUGACUUUUUCUUUCAAUUUUAUUUCUGUUUGCAUUGGGGUUGAGUGUGGCAUUUCAGAACUCUAAUCUGCCUUUUGAGCCAUUUGUUUUUUACAUUUUCUGAUUGGUGUGAUAUGAAUAGUGUUUAAUGGGUCAUUCUACAGGGACAUCCCGACACCUAAGCAGUACUACUACAUUUUUCUUGAGUAUCUGAUCUGGGGACUCUGACCGGAGAUUUGAAGGUUUGCCAUCUGGAAAUAAUCCCCCAAAGCAGCCAUGGGAUACCAUUCUUAACUGUCCCUUCCUUCCUUCUUCCUUCCCCUCGUUACUGAAAUGCUUUAGAGUCUUUGCAGCGGCACACAAUGCUGUGUAAAACACAUUCAGGCAGUGGUUGGUUGUAGCCUACUAUCUGUGUUGUGAAAAAAUCGUAUCUAGUUUGUGAAAACUGAUCACUUUAUGUGCACUGUGUUAAGGCACAAGCCACAUGACUGAUCUAUUGGUUAGAUGGGGCAACAAGGAUUUCCAGGAAAAUAAAUAGAAAGUUAAAGACAGAAAUAAAGGAAAAGGGGCAGUUGUAUUAUGAAGGUAUUUGUAUGCUCCACAUGUAGAAAGCUCUGCUAGCCUUCACUCCCUCAGCACAGACCAGAGGAAUGACCAAAACCUCCUUUUGGUUUCAUAGCACUGUGUAGCGUUUAGGAACAGCUCGGUGACUCAAUAGUAAUAGUAACUAUUGAGGUUUUUUUUUUUUUUGUAGUGUGAUCCUACCUCAUUCUCAGCAACAUCUUAUCUACCUUGACAGUCUCAUUAACAGCACUGCUUGAGUGGGUUAAAUUUAUACCUCAGAAUCAAUCUCUUCAAUCCUGAUCCAACCUUUAACAGAAUUUCUGUGUGUUAUUUUGCUUAGCUGCAACUGGGGAUCUUUGCAACUAAAUCAUCAAUACUAAAACUUGUUGUCCACUUGCCCUGCUGUCACUGUAUUUUUGUAUGAACAGUUUCAGAUAGCUCUCUUCAGAUGUGUAGUGAUUCCACUUGAAAACAUUUUACACUAUGCAAAAUGUUUCACUGCCUCACUGUAAACACCUUAUAGAGCCACACCAUUGUCAAACAGUUGUGUGUAAUAUCUUGUAUUUUUAUCUUUUAGUGCAUAUUUCCUGUGUGUACAAAAAUGUUUUAAAUGUAUAAUAAUGAAGCUGACAGGAGCCAUUAGAUGUUCGAGAAAACAUCAUGUUUUUUUGCUGUAAAUAUGUUUGACAAUUUUUCUUGGAAUAAAUGAUCAAAACUA